ACAGCUCAUACCCUGUGGAGAGACUCUGCGGAGACAGUACAGGUUUCUGCAGUGCUGUGUUGAUGAUGGAUCAGCAUAGCAGACCUGCCUGCAGCACCAAUAACAGCAAUGAAGAUUUUUCAGUAAACAUUUUUUCUGUCACCCCUCUGCCUCCCACCAGAUCGAACGCUGAGGUGUCUGAAGGAGACAAAGCUGGAGCGACCUUAUUGUUUUCUGGAGUUUUUCUGGGGCUGGUUGGAAUAGCUUGCACGGUUAUGGGCUGGAUGAACUACAACAUCAGCACGAGUAGCAAGAGUUUUGAAUGGACGCAGUUGCUCGGCCCCAUCCUUCUCUCAGUUGGAGUAAUGUUUGUCCUAAUCGGCGUUUGCAAAUUCGGGAUGUUAACCUGCAUGAUUUGUAAGCAUUGUGUUGGCAGAUCAUCAGAAGAGGAACCAGCACAGCCUGGUCAUGGGCAGUCCUUUGUUUUCACCGGUAUAAAUCAACCUAUUACAAUCCAUGGGACCAGGGUGGUGCAAUAUAAUUCUCCACCAUGUGCCCCUGGGGCCCAUGACGGGGGUACUGCAUGCAAUAUUCAGUCAAGGGGAAUACUACCUGCAGUCUCAACAACAACAUGUCCACCUCAGUACUGUUCCAUAUAUCCUUUUGGCAAACCAUUAACAAGUGAUGACCACUGCCCUCCAAGCCUCAGGCUGGACAACAGUAAUGUCGGGAACCAUGAAAAUGAAAAGAGACCAGAUGGGAAGGCGACUGCUGAGGAGGCCCCGACCAGUUCCGCUCCCCCGGCAUAUGAUGACAUAUUUCCCGUUCCUCUAUCGGGCGAUUCUAUAUGAUGCUGCCCGUUUAGCUUUCUAUUUAGCUAUUAAAUUGUUUUAAUACAUUACUUACGUGCUAUGUGUACAUUUAGAUAUUUAGCAUGCCCUCUUAUCCAGAGCAAUUUACUAAGUUUAAAUUAUUUUAAUCAAGUUAUAUGAUUGUAUAUUUGCUGAAGAAAGUUGUGUGUGUUAUCAUGUUCGGUGGUGCAACCUUGAAGUUAGAAGUGCAGUUCCUUAAAUAUUAUAUUACACUGCUGCCCUUACAUUAGACUGGAAGCCAACUUGCUGUCAAAUUCCCGCCAUCAAUUGAAAAUCUCU